GAGCAAUUGGAUUCCUUGUUUCCAUUGAAAUCAAUAUUUUAUUUCUUAUAAUCCGUACUAGACAAGUUACAUUUCGACAUACCUACAGUUACAUUACUUAUCAGCGUGAGUUACAUUUUUUUACAUGCGAGUUACACGAGAUGAUAGAAAUGAGAAAAGGGUCAAAUAAGGUCUUCUACUAUUACGAAAUAGUCACAUAAGGCCAUAUACUCAAUAAAGUGUCAUAUACGUACCUCUACUUGUAUAAAGCAAUCAAAUGAGUCCUAACGACUUAUUUAACACCUCCUAAUCCCGAUUUUAGCUUACAUUUCAAUUUUUUAACUUGUAUUUCAACCAAUCUUAGUUAAAUAUUCAACAUAUGCCGUAUAAUGUAUUCUAAAAAGAUGGUUAGAAGUACGUUGAAAUCGGGAUUAAGAGGGGUUAAAUAGGUCAUUAGGACUCAUUUGAUUGCUUUUUAGAAGUAUAUGUACUUAUAUGACACUUUAUUGAGUACAUGGCCUUAUGUGACUAUUUCAUAAUAGUAAAAGGCUUUAUUUGACCCUUUUCUCUGAUAGAAAUAAAAUAAAAAUUACUAUUCACACAUCAACCCAUUUUUUGAGGGUGGGAGCAGCAUGUCACAGUGGACUGCUCCCGCCUUAUACCAACUGCAAAUAGAAUAGACUUCAAUUCGGCUUACACUUCACAUUCACGUUCGACCCAAAUCGUAAUUGUUUUUGUUUUUUCCACUUCGUUUGCUUCCUUCCGCUUUGAAUGGUCUCCGUCUUUCUAGAACUCUGACCUUCCAGGAAAUGGAAUAACAGAAAAAUCACAGGAAAGAGUUAAAGAUUUCAAGGAGGGUGGUCAUUUGCGCAAUUAAGGAGUUAGAGCUUAGAAAGUGGUUAUGGGGAAGCCUCAUCGGUUCCCAGGCGUGAGCGAAGAGGUGCAGAAGCUUGUGGAUGCGGAUAUGGACUUCGUCGAUGCCAGACGUCGUGCGCGCGAAGCUUUUAAGCAUAUUCAGCUCUCAGUCGAUCAUGUUUUGUUUAAGACACCUUCUGAUGGAUUAAAGAUGGAAGAGUCUUAUGAGGUCAACUCUAGAGGAUUAGAGGUUUUCUGCAAAAGUUGGCUCCCAGAGACAAUUUCCCCCAAAGCAGUGAUUUGCUUUUGUCACGGUUAUGGAGAUACUUGCGCAUUUUUCUUUGAAGGGGUUGCCAGGAAGUUGGCGAGCGUUGGAUAUGGUGUGUUUGCCAUGGACUAUCCUGGAUUUGGUCUUUCUGAAGGUCUACAUGGCUACAUACCAAGUUUUGACAACCUAGUUGAUGAUGUCAUUGAGCAUUACUCGAAAGUUAAAGAGAACCCCAAACUACGUAGUCUGCCCAGCUUCCUUUAUGGAGAAUCAAUGGGUGGAGCAGUAGCUCUGAAGGUGCACCUGAAGCAACCCGAUUCAUGGAACGGUGCUAUUCUUUCGGCACCUAUGUGCAAAAUCGACAAGAACUUGGUUCCACCAUGGUUGUUAACGCAAGUUUUGAUUGGUGUAGCAAAAUUUCUACCAAAGCAUAAGCUUGUCCCUCUAAAUAAUUUGGGUGAUUUGGCAUUUAGGGAAGCAAGUAAAAGGCAACAGGCAGCAUAUAAUAUCACUGCUUAUAGGCAUAAACCACGUUUGAGGACGGCCCUGGAAUUACUGAAGACUACCAAAGAGAUAGAGGAAUCACUAGAAAAGGUGUCGUUACCGCUGUUAAUCUUGCAUGGAAAGAAAGAUGUGUUGACUGAUCCAUCAGUAAGUGAAGCAUUGUAUGAGAAGGCAAGCAGUGGUGACAAGACGUUCAACCUAUACGAGGAAUCAUACCAUUGCCUGCUUGAGGGUGAGCCAGAUGAUAUGAUCCACAAAGUCUUCAAUGACAUGAUUUCUUGGCUUGGUGACCGUAGCACUACUACAGGUUAACCAUGCACCUUUCUUGCUCACUUUUCCAGUAGUGGAAAGACAAAAUCGAGGAAAGAAGCGAAGACAAAUUUUUUGUUGUACAAUAUGUAUUGUUUGAUUGGAAGUUCAAAUAAAUAUUCAUAGGUGGAAGUGAACUUUGGUAGCGCACACGAGAUAAUGUCAUUUUUCAUAUAAAAAAUUGUUAUGUUAGGUUAAUU